UCCUGCCGAAUAAGCCACGUGGGCGGCACCAGGUUUGUGCUCCGGAGAGCAUCUUGGUCCUAAGGGGAGGCUGUCGACACGAAAGGGGUGUGCAAAAUAAGGAAGUUGUUGAAACCAUGAGCGUGGGAUUCAUCGGUGCUGGACAGCUUGCCUUCUCCCUGGCUAGGGGUUUUACUGCAGCAGGGAUCCUGGCUGCUCAUAAGAUCACAGCAAGCUCACCAGACACUGAUCUUCCAACAGUGGCAGGGAUGAGGAAGAUGGGUGUGAAUUUCACCAUAAGUAACAAAGAGACAGUUAAAAACAGCGAUGUCCUAUUUUUGGCUGUGAAACCUCCUAUUAUUCCAUUUAUUCUGGAUGAAAUUGGCUCGGACAUAGAAGAUCGGCACAUUGUGGUCUCAUGUGCUGCUGGUGUCACUAUCAGCUCGAUUGAGAAGAAACUUUCUGCCUUCUGCCCCACCCCAAAAGUAAUCAGAUGCAUGACCAACACGCCAGUGAUUGUACGAGAAGGGGCCACUGUUUACGCUACAGGGACGCACGCCGAAGUGGAAGAUGGCAAGCUCUUAGAACAACUCAUGGCCAGCGUGGGCUACUGCACUGAGGUGGAAGAAGACCUUAUUGAUGCCGUCACUGGACUCAGUGGCAGUGGACCCGCUUAUGCAUUCACGGCCCUAGAUGCCCUGGCAGAUGGAGGGGUGAAGAUGGGUCUUCCUCGCAGGUUAGCUGUCCGACUGGGAGCUCAAGCCUUGCUGGGAGCUGCCAAGAUGCUCUUGGAUUCUGAACAGCAUCCUGGACAGCUGAAGGACAACGUGUGCUCUCCAGGGGGCGCUACCAUUUACGCUCUGCACUUCUUGGAGAGCGGUGGUUUCCGAUCACUUCUCAUCAAUGCUGUGGAGGCAUCUUGCAUCAGAACGAGGGAACUGCAAUGCAUGGCUGACCAGGAGAAGGUCUCCCCAGCUGCCAUUAAGAAGACUUUAAUGGAUAAAGUGAAACUAGAGUCUUCUGCGGUCAACAAAGUCAACCUGUUCAACAAAAAGAAUCCUGGCAACAAGAAGUUCUGAGGAGACUGAGCCAUCCAUGGCCAUGCUUUCUUUUGUCUUUCUAGGAAAUCUGUAGUUCAAGCCAUUUGGGGUGGCCCUGUCCUGGAUUCAGGGUUACAGAAAAGUGAUUUUAGCUUCCAGGUGAGGUUAUCAGAGGCUAGUAGGGACCAGUAUUUCUGCAGGUGAGGAGAGGCAACAUUUCCCACUAUGGGGAGUGACCAUGUGCUUCUCUUUGUAAUAGUUACUGUAGAGUUGUUCAGCUUUUUUUUAUGCUGCCCUUUCUCCAGGAAUCUAAGGAGCAAUGCGUGUGGUUAUGCCUCUUUUUAUCUCCCAUUUGUUCCCACAGCAAAUUUGUGAGGUAGGGUAGAGGGACAUUGCCUGGGUAGGUCACCUCAGAAACUUCAUGGCUAAAUAAGGAUGUAAAUCUAGAUCUCCUGGUCCCAUACUGAUCCCCUUAUCUUUUACACCAUGCUCUAUUAGGCGGGGGGGGCAAAAACUAGUAUUCUUAAUUUAAGGAAUCAGAGACUGGGGCCUGAGCUGAGACCUGCAAGGAUUGGUUGAUGCUUGUUGCCUGUCUCUCAUCACAGCAUGGCUGCUGGCCAGUCUGUAGGUCAUUCUGGAGCCUUGUUUAUAAUCUUUAUUGUUCCAUACACACUUCCGCUAUGCCUAACUUCAUCACUUAAUAUCUGGGAUCCAGCCGAAUAGUGCCCACUGUGCUGCUCACAACGGUCCAGGAAAAGUUUUGCAGUUUUGCUUUCUACACCUCCCUCCAUCUUCUCAUCCAUGUUGAUGAGAUACAGAAGCUCUUGUUCAGAAGUGAAUGUCCUGUGAGAUUACACAACAGGAGUUGGCAGAAAUACAGCUCCAGUCUCUCUCUUAGGCUGGCUAGAAGAGUGAUCCAUUUAAGUUGUUCCAGUUCAUGCCAAUAAAGAUGGAUAACUGCUUCAUCUCACCUGUGGAACUGAUUCAGGUUGGUUUGCAGGGGAAUAAAAAUAAUUAAUAGGACAGUAGGGAGUUAUAAAUGGUGACAGAGCAAAUUAAUGAGUCAAUUGUUAACUAUAACCAGUGAGUGCUGCAAAGGUUGUGUGAAAUAAAAGAAGCUCAAUGUUUCAGCUGUUGAAUUUCA